GGUGCGCCCGCCCCCACGGGGGCGGGGAAACAGCGGUUGUCGCUGGCCGAGACCAGCUCUCCCGGGGGUACUCGCCAAUGAGCCCCGUGCGACGCGUGGGUCUGGGCUGGGUGCCAUGGAUGUCAUGGACGCCUUCACCCGCUUCACCAACCAGACACAGGGCCGGGAACGACUCUUCAGAGCUACUCAGUACACAUGCAUGUUGCUUAGAUAUUUGUUAGAGCCUAAAGCUGGCAAAGAGAAGGUGGUAAUGAAGCUCAAGAAAUUGGAGUCCAGUGUGAGCACUGGCCGUAAAUCUUCAAGAGCUAUGAUGGCAGUCAACAAGGACUCAACGUUGCUGGAGGGAGACCUCCCUGAGCAGGAGAACGUGCUGCAGCGGGUCUUGCAGCUGCCGGUGGUGAGUGGCACCUGUGAGUGCUUCCAGAAGACCUACACCAGCACCAAGGAAGCCCACCCUCUGGUGGCCUCUGUGUGCAAUGCCUAUGAGAAGGGCGUGCAGGGCGCCAGCAGCUUGGCGGCCUGGAGCAUGGAGCCAGUGGUCCGCAGGCUGUCCACCCAAUUUACAGCUGCCAACGAGCUGGCCUGCCGAGGCCUGGACCACUUGGAGGAGAAGAUCCCGGCCCUCCAGUACCCUCCUGAAAAGAUCGCCUCUGAGCUGAAGGACACCAUCUCCACCCGCCUUCGCAGUGCCAGGAACAGCAUCAGCAUGCCCAUUGCCAGUACCUCAGACAAGGUCCUGGGGGCUGCUCUGGCUGGCUGUGAGCUUGCCUGGGCUGCGGCCAAAGACGCUGGUGAAUAUGCCGCCAACACCCGAGCUGGUCUGCUGGCCUCUGGAGGGGCCGACUUGGCCCUGGGCAGUGUUGAGAAGGUGGUUGAGUUCCUCCUCCCUCCAGCCAAGGAAGAGUCAGCCCCCGCUCCAGGACACCAGCAGGCCCAGAAGCCUUCCAAGGCCAAGCCAAGCCUCAUGAGCAGGUUUGGGGCCCUGGCCAACACCCUCUCUGAACACACCUUCCAGACCACGGCCCAGGUGCUGAAGCAGGGCCACACCCUGGCCAUGUGGAUCCCGGGUGUGGCGCCCCUGAGCAGUCUGGCCCAGUGGGGCGCAUCAGCGGCCAUGCAGGUGGUGUCCCGGCGGCAGAGUGAGGUGCGGGUACCCUGGCUGCAUAGCCUCACCAGCACCCCGGAGGAGGACCACGAUGACCAGGCAGACACAGGCGGGGAGGAGACGGAGGAGGAGGAGGAAUCCGAGACCGAGGAGAGCAAGCUCAGUGAGGGAGCAGCCCUGCCCAGCCCACAAGGCUUUCUGGGCAGUGUGGCACAUGCCCUGCAGAAGGCCUUCCAGGGCACCAUCAAAGCGGUGACUUGGGCCCCUGUGGCUGUGCUGGGCACCACAGGGAGGAUGCUGUAUCUCACGCCAGCCCGUGCUGUCUGCUCCACCAAGGGGAGGGCCAUGUCCCUGUCCGACGCUCUGAAGGGCGUUACUGACAACGUGGUGGACACGGUGGUGCACUACGUGCCGCUCCCCAGGCUGUCACUGAUGGAGCCCGAGAGCGAAUUCCGGGACAUCGACAACCCGCCAGCCGAGGCCGAGCGCCGGGAGGCGGAGCGCAGGGCGUCUGGGGCGCCGCCCGCCGGCGUGGAGCCCGCGCCGCCCCGCGGCACCCUGCGCAGCGCGCGAGGCCCGAGCGCGCCCCCCGGCCUGGCUCCGGAGGACAGGGGGGACCUGCCCGCCGCGCCGCGCCCGGCCUUCCCAGCCGUGCCCCGCGAGAAGCCCACGCGCAGGGUCAGCGACAGCUUCUUCCGGCCCAGCGUCAUGGAGCCCAUCCUGGGCCGCGCGCAGUACAGCCAGCUGCGCAAGAAGAGCUGAGUCCGCCGCGCCCCCGCCCUCCCGGCCCGGCCGGCGCGGAGGGCCAGGGCCGGUGUCUCCAGCAAAUAGAACCUACACUUCCAAGUGAGCGUUGACUUCUUCAAAGUAGUCCGCUUGGGACAAGAGCCUCAUUCCGACCCUGCUGCCAAGACUCGCAUCUUUUUAGCAUCCUUUUUGGGCUUAGCUGUCAGAGCCCAUUUUUAAGAAGCAUCAGAGCAGCAGCCUGCUUUGAUUCUAUGCCUUGUUUUUUUUUUACCAAAAGAUUAAUUGCCUAACUUGAUCUUUCAUUUCUUUAAACAAACUUGUGGCCAAAUGACAUUUGGCUGUUUCCAAAAUUUAGAUCCAUCCCCUGUAGACAAAUAUUUGCCACCAGUGAGUAACGUGUCGCCACCCUGAGGGUCCACGAAGGAAUUCCUGACGCAUUUCUAAGGACUGAGCUGAGAGACUCCUGAGUGCCCAGGCUCUCAGCAGACUGCUCUGAAGGGAACCACAGUCAGGUGCGAAAGGUCUUUUGUGUUUAUAUAAAAUAUUAGCAUCGCUUUCUGGGUACCCCGUACUCCUCACGGGCUGAGUCCGGGCCUUGCUCAGUAGCGCCACCAUCUUGCUCACAGCCACAUUUCCUUGUAUGCUUACUCCCUUCCGCCUGCAUAUUCACCACCCCCGCCUGUCCCCCCUCCCCCCGUGUGUGGGGACGACAAUGGUGACCGUUCACGUUAUAAAGUAUGGACUCUAUAGCCAUAGUUCAUUCCAAGCCCUGUUUUUGAAAAUGUUCAUAUUUGGUAAAUCUAGGAAAUGUACACAUAUAAUUUAAAAAUUCAAACAUUGCAGAAGAUAUGUCUUCCUCCCUGAGUUCCCUGGUUCUCCUUCACAAAAGCAACCAUGGUGCCAGUCUCUUGUGCAUCCUUCCAGUUACAGGCUGUGCGUGUGCAAACACGUGUAUGCACUCCCCACUUUGUUUACACAUCUGGGGCAUGUUAUACUCAUACUGCUUUUUUCACUUAACAAUACAUCUAGAUGGGGCCGGCCGUGUGGCUUAGCAGGUAAGUGCACACGCUCGGCUACUGGCAGUGUGGUUUGGAUUGCAACCGACGCACUGCUUGUCAGGCCAUGCUGAGGCGGUGUCCCACAUACAGCAACUAGAAGAAUGUGGAACUACGACAUACAACUAUCUACUGGGGCUUUGGGGAGAAAAAGGGGAAAAAAAAAAAAAGGAGGGUGGGCAGUAGAUGUUAGCUCAGGGCCGGUCUUCCACAGCAAAAAGAGGAGGAUUGGCAUGGAUGUUAGCUCAGGGCUGAUCUUCCUCACAAAAAAAACAAAAAACAAUAUAUCUAGAGAUCUUUUUGUAUCAGUAUCAUAAAUCCUCCUUACUCUUUUUAACAGCCACAUAGUAUGUGCUUCAUAAUAUAGAUGUGCUAUAUCUGACCUCACUAGUUUGCUAAUGAUGGACUUUUAGGUUGUUCCAAUCUUUUGCUCCUGCAAACAGUGCUACAAUAAAUGUCCUUAAAUGGCUUGUGUAGAUGCGUGGAUAUUUCUAUAGGAUAAAUUUAUAACUUGGAACCAUGACAUGCUAGGU